ACUCCCGGAAGCGCGUAACCGGAAGGGGCGGGCCCUUUGGCCAGACGCGGGACUUCUGCCGUCAUGGCUUCUCGUGCGGUCGUUGGCAUUUUCCUGCUCUCUGCUGUCCCUCUCUUGUGUCUGGAGCUCAGGCGUGGGAUCCCGGGACUAGGAAUUAAAGAUCUCAUUUUGCUGUGUGGCCGGAUUUUCUUACUGCUUGCACUUCUAACUUUAAUUAUUUCUGUGACGACCUCAUUGCUUAAUUCAUUUAAAUCUUCCCAAGUUUAUCUGAGAGAAGAUGAGAAGAAGGAGGAAGAAGAGAAUGAACUAAAACAAAGACAAAGACUUGUAAGAAAAAGGCAACAAGAGGCACAGGGUGAAAAGGCUAGCAGAUACAUAGAGAAUGUUUUAAAACCUCAGCAAGAAAUGAAAUUGAAAAAAAUGGAAGAACGCUUUUAUCAAAUCACAGGUGAAACCUGGAAGUUGACCAGUGGUCACAAACUUGGGGGUAAUGAAGAUUUGGUGACAGAAAAUACAAGUCAGACAUCUUCGGAAACAUCAAACAGAGAAGCUGCAAAGAGAAGGAACUUGGAUAAACUUGUAACGGAAGUUUCACCACCUGCUGAAUGGCCCUGGCAGAAGCAGGUUCCUGAUUUACCUGAAGAGCCUUCUGAAACAGAUGAAGAAGUAAUAACCAUUGCUCUCCGACGUCCAAGUGGGAAUGUCCUGAGGAGAAGGUUCUUUAAGUCUUGUAGUUCACAGGUCUUGUUUGACUGGAUGAGGAAAAUUGGAUACCAUCCAUCUCUCUACAGCCUUUCUACAUCCUUCCCCAGGAAGCCUCUGGAGGUGGAGGAAGGCUGCUCCCUGGCCGAUAUAGGAAUAACUGUGGACACUGUACUCAUUGUGGAAGAGAAAGAACAGGGCAACUCGUAAAGAACUGUCAGAAACUAUGAUUCUACUUACAGUCAUCUAUACUAUGACCUCAGAUCCACAUUAAAAUCAUGCCAUACCUUGAUAGAGCUCAAGGCAGCACAAACUUCAGUGUUGUUAUCAGUGGGAAAAUAGCCACCUAAAAAUGGGGAAAAGAUGGCUUUCUGCAUAUAAUUAGUAGGCUGUGCCAUCUUUAGUGGACCAAAACAAAGAUGAGGUAAAAAUGUAUAUAGUGAGGUAUUAAUUUUAUACUUUCAUUAGCGGACAUCUUAGGAUGUUAAAAGUCAGACCCAGGUAUGGUAGCACAUGCUCCUAAUUCUAGCAAUCCCGGGCAACACAAGAUUCUGUCCUGAAACCAAAAAAUAAACAAAAACAAAAAAACACUGAAGUCCUUAAGACUUUGA